CGGAGGGCUACCCACCUGACUUUCGCGCGCAAUACUGUCUUCCUUUCCUUAGUAGACCUUUCCUUAGUUAUUCACCAGUUUGCCAGGUUUCGAAGACUGGUUAUAUUUCUAUGCAACUGACCGCCAUGAAUGCUGUAGAAUUGAACAAAGUUCUCGAGGCAACUGUCUCAGUUGAUAUUGUUGCCUUGCAAGCGGCCCAAAAGUACCUCGAAAGUGCUGCUGCUUCUAACCUUGAGUUGUUAUUGGUAGAGUUAUCUAACCUGUUGUCAAAUGCGGGCCAGUCUGAGAAUGUCCGUAAAGCUGCAGCCAUCCAGCUUAAGAACUACCUCACUAGCAAAGAUGAGACUGUCAAAGUGCAGUACCAACAGAGGUGGCUCACUUUUGACGGCAACAACAAGCUCGGUAUUAAAACUAACAUACUGCGGACACUUGGAACAGAGUCAUCCCACCCUUCCAAUGCUGCCCAGUGUGUUGCAGCAAUCUCCCAGAUAGAGCUUCCUCUUAAUCAGUGGCCCGAUCUCAUCCAGAUACUUGUUACAAACUGUACAACUCCUAAUGCUCCCGAUCCAUUGAAGGAAGCUUGCAUUGAAGCCCUCGGAUACAUAGUAGAGGACAUUGAACCGACUGUUUUGGUUCAUCAAUCGAACCUCAUCCUUACUGCGAUCAUCAACACUAUGAGAAAAGAGGAACCCAAUGAACGUGUACGAAUCGCUGGAGCACAAGCUUUAUUCAACGCUCUAGAGUUCUGUAAAGAUCAGUUCGAUCGUCCGGAGGAGAGAAACUACAUAAUGCGAGUGAUCUGCGAGUCUACCCAGACAAACAUUUCCAAACUGAGUGUAGCGAGUCUUCAGUGUCUCUCCAAGAUCAUGUCUUUGUACUACAAACACAUGGAGAACUACAUGAGUCAGGCACUCUUUGCUAUCACUCUCUCGGCGCUGGAGAGUAAGGAAGAUGAGGUGGCUCUGCAAGGUAUUGAGUUCUGGAGCACGACCUGUGAGGAGGAGACGGAUCUAGCAAUAGAAGCCCAAGAAGCAGCGGAGUUGGGCGAACCUCCAGAUAUUGUCAGCAAACACUACAUGUUAGGAGCCUUGCAGUAUGUCGUACCUCAGCUUCUCAAGUGCCUUACUGUACAGGAAGAGUACGAUGACGAAGAUGACUGGAACCCUAACAAGGCAGCUGGAGUGUGUCUAAUGUUGAUUGCCCAGUGCUGUAUGGAUAACGUGGUGCCCCAUGUCAUCCCCUUUGCAGAACAUAUUGCACACCAAGAUUGGAGGUUCAGAGACGCAGCUGUCAUGUCCUUCGGGUGCAUUGUGGACGGUCCUGACCCUAAAGUACUGAACCAACACACCUGGAACUUGAUCCCUCACUUGAUCAACAUGUUGAAGACGGAUGUUAGUUUAGCAGUAAGGGAUACCUGCGCCUGGACCCUGGGUAGGAUUUGUGAGAGGUUACCUCAGACUAUCCUACAGCACCCUAGCGUUAAUGACCUUGUCGCUGCCCUUCUUAUGAGUUUGGAGAACGACCCUAGGGUCGCUACUAACGCCUGCUGGGCCUUCUCUUCUCUUGCCGAGUCAGCUUACGAGGCAGCUGAGAACUUGGCAGGAGAUAACGAGGAAGAGCCUCAAACUUACAUCCUCUCCUCCUUCUACCCCACCAUCAUACAGAAACUGUUGCUCACCACCGCUAGACCUGAUGCUAGCCAGAACAACCUUCGAAGUGCUGCUUACGAAGCUAUCAUGGAGCUACUGAAAUCGUCACCGCGGGACUGUUAUGCUAUAGUACAGGAGACAACAGUCACGAUAAUUGCGAGAUUAGAAGAGUUGCUUCAUCACAAACAGGCUAAUAACGAGAAGACUGGAGGUAACUUUAACGACCUGCAGUCCCUCCUUUGUGCAACACUUCAGUGCGUGAUAAAGAAGAUGCAGCAAGGAGAUGCUAUCCAGAUAUCUGACACUGUCAUGUCCGCUUUUCUCAUGAUGAUGAGUUCCAAUGAGCAGUCGAGCGAGGUUCAAGAGGACGCUUUAAUGGCUGUCGGAACGGUGAUGGAAGUAACUGACAAGCACUUUGCCAAGUAUAUGGACAGUUUCUGGCCUUACCUGAUGGCCUCCCUCCAGAACCACGCCGAGUACUCUGUCUGCGCUGCAGCUGUUGGUAUCGUAGGGGACAUGUGCCGAACUUUCGGUGCGGAGAUGGCCAACUUCAGUGACAAGCUCAUGGACUGUUUGGUAGCUGCUCUAUCUAACCAAGGUCUACACCAGUCCGUGAAACCAAGUAUCUUGAGUACAUUUGGAGACAUUGCCAUGGCAAUAGGUCCAGUUUACACCAAAUACCUACAAGUGGUUAUCCACAUUCUGAAACAGGCCUCUGAGGCUACUGUUGACAAGAACGAUUACGAGAUGUUGGACUACUUUAACGAGUUGAGAGAGGGAAUACUAGAGGCGUACUCUGGAAUAGUUCAGGGUUUAAAGGGAGAGGAUACAGCUAACAACCAACUGGAGCAACUGAGACCAUACCUCCAGAUCAUCCUUCAACUCAUCAUCUCCGUGUCGGAGGACAGAGAUAAAACUGACAGUUUGACUUGUUGUGCUUGUGGACUUAUCGGAGACAUAGUGACUGGGUACGGCAGCUCCGUAAAGAACCUGGUCCAGUUUGACAGCAUUGCAGAUCUUCUCAGUCAGGGCAGACGAAGUAGAAUAUCUAAAACAAAGUCCAUGGCUCACUGGGCUAGCAAAGAAAUGAAGAAGAUAAAUGCUUUGUGAACACGUGUGAUAA